UCGACUCCCUGCACGGUCCUCUGCGUGACCAGCUGAACAUGUUUUAUGCAACAUCACAAGACGAAGAGUUUCGAAAACAGCAACACGGUCCCGCAGGCAUGAUGGCAGACACUCAAGAAUCCCAACGAGCAUGUAUCGCAAAACUACUGAGCUUCAGGACAAGCAGUGGGUCAAGGCGUACGGAGACCACAACACCGCCGAUGUAUUACUGGCUGCCACCUACGCCUCUCGCAGCAAAAAGGCUACCGUCGCUAACAACACCGGCCUGCACGAAUUCUGAAAGAAGGCGCCCUUGACGCAGAUAGCUUAGCAAUGCUUUGGGCUACAGGAAGGCCGGAAUAUGAUCGUCGACAAUGUCCCUAUCAAGUGCAAGGUAGGCGAUGUUGGACACUCCUCCAAGAAUGGUCAACUUCUAGGUCGGCCAGAGUUGGUCGACGUACAAGAGGAACUGCGCGACUUUCUCCGUGAUGCGAUUGAGAUCUCAAACGCUUCUCUGGUGUUCUUCACGGGACCAUUAGCGCACGAAAGCUACAAGAAGAACACGAAACGUACCCGCAAUCACCGAUUGUAUCUGUCGGAGGCGGAUGCUCAAAUUGGCACUGGACCGUAUGUCGAAUUACACUUCGAUGGAGACGGGAUUCACGGUUUGCUCACAUCGUCGCCUCAUAUGUUCAACGCUGUGGAGGGCGGCAUGCCAAUCGCGGCGGCACUCCAGAACGGGCUAUGUCGAGACUUUAUGUACAGCCUCCUAGAACGAAAGAAGCCGGAUCUCAGCUUUAUCGAUCUGACAAUGGCUAAGCUAAUGGGAGUGGAAGGCCCUGUGCAGAUCCAGAAGCACUUCGGAGUUCAUCUCAUACUAGAGACGGCCGCUGGACAAUCCGUUCAAUCACAAUUGACCAAGAACGCCGCUGUACAUUCGGCAGUCGAGCCAGUCAAGCCAUUUGUUUGCCAAGAAUGUGGCAAGUCUUUCGCUCGUCGAGACGGUCUGACCGCGCACGCCAUCGUACAUUCGAGUGUCAAGCCAUUCGUUUGCCCAAAAUGUGGCAAGUCUUUCACUCGUCAAAACAAUCUGUCCCAGCACGCUAUUGUACACUCGGGUGUCAAACGAUUCGUCUGCGAUGUGUACGGAUGUGGCAAGUCUUUCGUUCAUCGAAAAGAUUUGACCCGGCACGUCAAGAAGGAGCAUGCUAACCUGGAGCCUUUCGAAAAACGAGACACGAGGUGUAAGCAGCAAGUUACAGAAGGAAGGCGAGUCAGCCCUAGGGGACUGAGCUGGCUCCGCGAGGGACAGGGAUAUGAAGGCUCAAAAAGCAGAAAGGGAUAUCAAGACUACUUGGGCGGCGAAUAUGGAAGGUUUCGGAAGCGAUGUUACCAGGUUCAGAGAACGAACAGUAGAAAGAGGCAAAAGAUGGAAGAUGGAAGAUACCCAGAACACGCGAAGUGAGACGACAAGUGGAAAACGUCGGGCUCGCAGAGUCUGACAACCUUGUACACAGUGGCAGCUCUAUCGCUUCAGUUGACGCUCCCUCCAACACUCUUUGCACGAUAAAAACAGCAUCCCGGAAUUGAUUCUUAUCGCGUGCCUUCACACCACACGCACCGCUCCAUUUCGCAAAGACACUGUUGGCGCAUGCCUUGUUCACCUGGCGUGUCGAGCCACGCACAUCUCACCACGCACGUCUCGUCAUCCGCCAGCGCUGCUGACUCCUCCCGCACGAGCACGCGAGCUGAGAAGAAAAACACUGCCCGACGCACAGCUCAUCAUCUGAUGCAUGGAUUGCCCGGGCUCACGGGGUCAUGGCUGUUUCUGAUGCAUCGCCCAUCACACUUCCGUGCCCGCCGCGACCGCAACAGACCUGGCUCCGCCCUCUCUCCCGCCCGUGUGAGAUCGAGAUGCGCACGAGCCCGAGAAUCGGCGCCGGCUGCUCGGCCGGCGACGACCAUGGCGACCUGUGCUCAACGGCCC